AUGAACUAUUUUUCAGCCUUCAAAACGAAGGCGCUCCCGCUGUUCGCCCCGGCCUGUGAGAGCGCAUCUCCUCCGCGGCCUCCGUCCUGCCGCCGUGUACCGGAGCCUGCGCGAAGCGCCGCUGCUGUCCCGCGUCGGGCCCGCAGCCCUAAGCUGGGCGGCGGCCGACUCGGCCGCACUGCUGGGCCGGGCCCGCUGGCAGCCCGCCACCGGCACCGCUCGCCCUGCAAGGGAGGUGUCCGCUACAGCACUGAUGGGAGUGUAGAUGAAGUAAAAGCUCUGGCUUCUCUGACCGCAUAUGAGUGUGCAGUGGUCGACGUGCCAUUUGGGGGUGCCAAAGCUGGUGUUAAGAUCAAUCCCAAGAACUAUACCGAUAAUGGAUUGGAAAAGAUCACAAGGAGGUUCACCAUGGAGCUGGCAAAGAAGGGCUUUAUUGGUCCUGGCACUGAAGUACCUGCCCCAGACGUGAGCACGGGCGAGCGGGAGGUGUCCUGGAUUGCUGACACCUAUGCUAGCACCACAGGGCACUAUGAUAUUAAUACCCAUGCCUGUGUUACCGGUAAGCCCAUCAGACAGGGUAGAAUCCACGGACGGCUCUUUGCUGCUGGUCGGGGAGUUUUCCAUGGGAUUGAAAACGUCAUUAAUGAAGCUUCUUACAUGAGUAUUUUAGGAAUGACACCAGGAUUUGGAGAUAAAACAUUUGUUGUUCAGGGAUUUGGUAAUGUGGACCUGCCCUCUGUGAGAUAUUUACAUCAUUUUGGUGCUAAAUGUGUUGGUGUUGGUGAAUCUGAUGGGAGCAUAUGGAAUCCAGAUGGUUUGGACCCAAAGGGACCAGAAGACUUCAAAUGGCAACGUGGAACAAUCCUGGGCUUCCCCAAAGCAAAGAUCUACGAAGGGAGCAUCCUGGAGACGGACCGUGACAUACUGACCCCUGCUGCCAGCGAGAAGCAGCUGACCGUGUCCAGUGCACCCAGAGUCAAGGCCAAGAUCAUUGCUGACGGUGCCAACGGACCGACAACACCAGAAGCUGAUGAGAUUUUCCUAGAGGGGAACGUCAUGGUUAUUCCAGAUCUCUACUUGAAUGCUGGAGGAGUGACAGUAUCUUACUUUGAGUGGCUGAAGGAUCUAAAUCAUGUCAGCUAUGGCCGUCUGACCUUCAAAUAUGAAUGGGAUUCUAACUACCACUUGCUUAUGUCUGUUCAAGAGAGUUUGGAAAGGAAAUUUGGAAAGCGUGGUGGAACUAUUCCCAUUGUACCCACAGCAGAGUUCCAAGACAGGAUAUCGGGUGCCUCUGAGAAAGAUGUCAUGCACUCUGGCUUAGCUGACACCAUGGAGAGCUCUGCCAGGCAAAUCAUGCGCACAGCCAUGAGGUAUAACCUGGGAUUGGACCCGAGAACAGCUGCCUAUGUCAACGCCAUCGAGAAAGUCUUCAAGGUGUACAGUGAAGCUGCUGUGACCUUCACAUAGACCGGACCGGACUGCAGCUGACUUCUUCACUACCCUCUUCACCUCUUCAUCUGCAGACCUAUCCCAAGUUUACAUGUAACCACAGAAGUCUCUCUCUCAUGACUUAAUAGAUGAUGGACACCAUUCUCAACAAGUCAAUCCAAAUCAGCCUCUUAAGAAAAAAAGUUAGGGGACCAUAUAUAAGCUAGUAAGUGAUAGUAGAAAUUAGCUAUGUCAGAGAGCCAUUUGGGGCAUUUUGCCUUUAAAUAAAGUCUUUACCCUCUGCCUGUACUGCCUUGCUCCACGGCUGUUUCCCAGCACAGUCAGCUGUAGCCCUGGGAAAGCUCCUUUUGUCCAAGAGCAGUCAGUCCCUUGCCACUUCAGCUCUGGACAGAUAUAUCAGGUGCUUUGACACAUUUAAGAAGCAGGUAUAUGGCAUUUUCAGGAGGUAGCAUGGUCCUCAAGUGAGUUAUUGGUAUUUUACAUCAGCAAAAUAACUCAAUUUUACAGGUUACAAACAAAAAAACCUUUCUCUUUAUGCAUUUUAUUCUUUUAGAAU